AUGGCGUUUAUACGGCAAUAUCGAGAUUCGGACUUUGACAACAUGUCACACAUUUGCCGCGCGACGCUCCCACCCUCGCUCAGCGCCUCGGAGCCGGCGCGGCGGCUGGCGCCCUACAUUUGGACGCACCAGUACACGCACCUCUCGCCGUCAACAUGCUUCGUCCUAGACGACGGCACGGGCCGCGCAGUCGGCUACUGCAUCGGGUGCCCGGACGUGGGCGCCCUCUGCGCCGCGUACCCGCGGUACGUGCGCGAGGUGCUCGAGGGCCGCGGACGCGCCAACGGCGACGUGCGUCUGGUGCCGAGCCCCGCGGAGCCGGACGCGGCGGCGCCGUGGAUCGACCCCGACACGGGCCGCAUCAACGAGCUGGCGCUGACGCAGCUGGCGUUUUCGGCGCAGAGGCUGCUGGUGGACGGGCACGAGGACCUGCUGGCGGAGGGGUAUCGCGGGACGAUGCACAUUGAUCUGCUGAGCGAGCACCAGGGGCGGGGAUGGGGGAGGAGGCUGAUUGAGGUGCUGCUGGUGGAGAGCAUGAAGGAAGCAAAGAGGGAAGAGGACGAGGGAGGGGUGAGGAGGCACAAGGGGAUAUGGCUGGGCGUGGGAGGGGAGAAUGACAAGGUGGUGCCGUUUUAUGAAAAGUUGGGCUUUUCCGUCAGGGAGCGCAAGGCGAAGACGUCGACGAUAAUCAUGGUGAGGGAUUACUGA